UCCAAAUUACGUUUUCGGGGGCCACGCCACACCUGCCUAUAAAUAAGCACCUCUGCCUUCCGUUGUGAACUCGCAUUGCAUAGCUAAGCUUGACAAGAAGAGGAAACAGCAUUUUCUUUCAAGCAGAGCAGCAACUCUACUCUUUCUCCCUAAUCUCUCAAGCUUGAAAGAAAUGGCAGAGACUUUCCUAUUCACAUCUGAAUCAGUGAAUGAGGGACACCCAGAUAAGCUCUGUGACCAGAUCUCUGAUGCCGUACUCGAUGCUUGCUUGGCGCAAGACCCUGACAGCAAGGUGGCAUGCGAGACUUGCACUAAGACCAACAUGGUCAUGGUUUUUGGCGAGAUCACCACCAAGGCUGAUGUAGAUUACGAGAAGAUUGUGCGUGAUACUUGCAGAAACAUUGGAUUCACAUCUGCCGAUGUGGGUCUUGAUGCCGACAAUUGCAAGGUUCUAGUUAACAUUGAGCAACAAAGUCCUGAUAUUGCCCAGGGUGUACAUGGUCAUUUCUCCAAGAGACCGGAAGAGAUUGGUGCUGGUGAUCAAGGCCAUAUGUUUGGCUAUGCCACUGACGAGACCCCUGAAUUGAUGCCUUUGAGCCACGUUUUGGCUACCAAGCUUGGUGCUCGCCUCACUGAGGUUCGUAAGAAUGGAACUUGCGCAUGGUUGAGGCCUGAUGGAAAAACCCAAGUUACUGUUGAGUACUACAAUGAAAAUGGAGCCAUGGUUCCUAUCCGCGUCCACACUGUUCUCAUUUCUACUCAACAUGAUGAGACUGUGACAAAUGAUGAGAUUGCGGCUGAUCUCAAGGAGCAUGUCAUCAAGCCCGUGAUCCCUGAAAAGUACUUGGAUGAGAAGACUAUCUUCCAUCUUAACCCUUCUGGCCGUUUCGUCAUUGGUGGUCCUCAUGGUGAUGCUGGUCUCACCGGGCGUAAGAUCAUUAUUGACACUUAUGGUGGAUGGGGUGCUCAUGGUGGUGGUGCCUUCUCUGGAAAAGACCCAACCAAGGUGGAUAGGAGUGGAGCUUACAUUGUCAGGCAAGCCGCCAAGAGUAUUGUUGCCAGUGGGCUUGCUAGGAGGUGCAUCGUUCAGGUCUCCUAUGCCAUUGGUGUUCCUGAGCCUCUGUCAGUAUUUGUAGACACUUAUGGCACUGGAAAGAUUCCUGACAAAGAGAUCCUUCAGAUCGUGAAGGAGAGCUUUGAUUUCAGACCUGGUAUGAUUUCCAUCAAUCUUGACCUCAAGAGAGGUGGCAAUAGCAGGUUCUUGAAGACUGCAGCAUAUGGACACUUUGGCAGAGAUGACCCCGACUUCACAUGGGAGGUGGUGAAGCCCCUCAAGUGGGACAAUAAGGUCCAAGCUUAAGGUCUCAAUAUCAGUUCCUAAUGUAUGGAUAUUUUGCCUAUUAGCUGCAACUCUCUACAAUGGGAGUUUGCCUAUUGCCUUUCAGCCUGUCUUCUUUUUAUUUUUUCUUCAUUUUACGUGUUCUUUUGAAGAUUGUUGUUCGAUUGUUACCUGAGAAAAGAACAAGUUGAAAAAAGAGGUAUUCUCAUGUGUUUCCGUUACUGCUGCGUAGAUAAGAGCUAAUAAUGAUGUAUGUAAGGAAGUGGGAACGGCAGCAGAGCUGCAAUAUAUGAUUCUUUUCGCCAUUCAAUACAAUGUUUACUUGCUGCUGCUUUUGUUGAA